AUGGCACUUGGGAACCAGGCAUCCAAACACCUAGAAGAGUCCAACGUGAAGACUCUUGCCAUACAUCUCUUGAGAACUGAGGAAGGGGUGGUGGGACAGUGGGAUGAAGGGCAUUCUUGUACCCCGCGUUCCGAUGAGGGUGAUCGCAAUGCAGUCGGGGACCGUGCCUGCAGUGUCAUUGACAUGAACGGCACUGCCCCUGCCCGGCCUGAUCUACACGAUCCAGUGCGUUCCGGGCUCAGACCACACCGGGCCGCACUGGAUAUGGUGCGACUGGGCCGUCAAGGCCUCCUCCUACAUCCAUGUGAUUGCUUCCACAAAGCUUACUCUCUAAGGCUCCUAGUCAUGGUUGCACACUCGCCUCCUCCACUCGCCACCUCCUCCAGUAGCCCCACAUUGAACAUGAUGACACCUGAAGGACCUCCCACAGCCUGGAGUGUCGAGGAGAGUGCUGGAGCCUGCCAGAGCAGGGGGGUAAGCCAAUCAAAAUGGUUGUUCUUCCUGAAAACAUUUGGCGCGGCCCUUGUGGUCAUUUACAUAUGUGUCCCUUUCAUAAUCAGGCUCUUCCCGGCAAUAUUAGGCAAAGUUGUGUAUUUAAACAUGGUAAAAUUUCCUUUCUUCGUCGACUUGAAGAAUCCUGGAGAACUCUUGAACCACACCGCAAAUUUUUACCUGACGUCUGAAGAAGGGGUGAACAUCGGAGUCUGGCAUACCGUGCCUGCCAGCAGGGGGGAAGAGGCGAGAGGGAAGGACCGCCGCUGGUUUGAAGACUCUCUCGCAGAUGACAACCCAAUUAUCAUUUAUCUCCAUGGCAAUGGGGGAACCAGGGCCAUGGAUCACAGAGUACAACUGAUGAAGGUUCUCAGUAAAGCCGGCUUCCAUGUCUUGGCGCUCGACUACCGAGGUUUUGCUGACUCCACCGGUGAGCCGAGCGAGGCUGGAGUGACCCAAGAUUCCGUCUUUUUAUAUGAAUGGGUGAAAGCCCGCAGCCAUGGAAAUCCGGUCUGCCUCUGGGGGCAUUCUCUGGGUACCGGUAUUGCCACUAAUGCAGCCAGGAAAUUGCAAGAAAAAGGGAAUCCAGCUGACGCGGUGAUCCUGGAGGCCCCGUAUACCAACAUCCGGGAUGCUGGAGCUUAUCACCCUUUCGGAAAGAUCUACCACAUUUACCCCGGAUUUGAAUACUUUUUCUUGGACACCUUUGCACUGAGCAAUCAAGUGUUUCCCAAUGAUGAAAAUGUUAAAAAGAUGACCAGCCCACUCAUGAUCCUGCACGCAGAAGACGACAAUGUAGUUCCCGUGUCAAUGGGAAAGGAGCUCCAUGAAAUAGCCAUAAACUCACGUCAUCCCAGGGAUGUGAUCCUGAUAUUGUACCCCGCCAUGCUUGGCUACAAACACAAAUUUAUUUAUAAAGACCCCAAACUGCCAGAGAAGCUUUGGGCUUUUCUGAACAACAUCUGA